AUGAGGGAAUACAAAGUGGUUGUUUUGGGCUCGGGUGGAGUCGGGAAAUCUGCCCUCACUGUUCAGUUUGUGACGGGCUCCUUCAUCGAGAAGUACGAUCCCACCAUCGAGGACUUCUACCGCAAGGAGAUCGAGGUGGACUCGUCCCCGUCCGUAUUGGAGAUCCUGGACACGGCCGGGACCGAGCAGUUCGCCUCCAUGCGGGAUCUGUACAUCAAAAACGGACAGGGCUUCAUCCUGGUCUACAGCCUGGUCAACCAGCAGAGCUUCCAGGACAUCAAGCCUAUGAGGGACCAAAUCAUCCGGGUGAAGAGGUACGAGAGGGUGCCCAUGAUCUUGGUGGGUAACAAGGUGGAUCUGGAGGCAGAGAGAGAGGUGUCCUCCGGGGAAGGCAAGGCCCUAGCCCAGGACUGGAACUGCCCUUUUAUGGAGACCUCUGCCAAAAACAAAGUUUCCGUGGAUGAACUGUUUGCAGAAAUUGUCAGACAGAUGAACUACUCCACUGUUCCAGCUGGAGGCGACCAGUGUUGUUCUUGUGUUCUGCUCUAG